AUGGAUAAAGUUGAACGUCCUUCGGCACUUGCUAUCCCGACCACGCUUCUCAGACCAAGCUCAAAUCCACCGAUUGUCCCCUUCCCGGCAUCAUCCACACGACACAAUCGCAAUCGAUCCGCUGAUUUUGAUCGUGGCACAACGCAACUGCUGAAUCCUCCAAAAACCGACACCAGAUUGUCGUGGUCUCCAAGAAAAUUUAGCGAUUGUAUUUUGAACGAGGCGAAUGAAAAUCAACGAAAUGGUUAG